CAUAAAGCUUUAAAUUAUUGUGAUGCUCCUGGUAGUCCAUGUUGGACAAAUAAAGUUCAUUGGGUAAAUUAUCAAAAUUCUGAUCCAAUUCUUGGCUAUACUGCAAAACAAUGUUGUCAAUUAUGUGUUAACGAUCCUAAAUGUAAAGAAUGGAGUUUUCGCGAAGGUAUUUGCUUCAAUAUUGCCGACAGAAAUUUGGGACUUAAAGUUUGUGAUCAAAUUACAGAGUCAGCUAUAGUUAGUUCAGAUUCUGGAAUUAUUCGAUGUGACGAUGGUUGCUUACCUGAAUCGAACAAAUCUCAAGACUAUGACUAG